UUGUUAUUGUCGCUGGCUCCAUGCAGCGGUGCGUAGUUUGUGUUGUACGUAUUUUGUAGUUGUCAUCAAAUAAACAGCAGUUAAAAUGGUUUCUAAAAGCCAGGAUUGUUCGAUAUGGGUCGGCUCGGAAACAGGAAUAUUAAAAGGGGUAAGUUUAACAAAGAAGCAAGCUUUCAACUUCUGUGAGAUGAGUUGCCUGAGUCGAGACCAGGAAGUUUGUGUUCUUGGAUGGGGCGAUCAACAGGAAUCAGAGGUACUAGUAGGCUGUGCCAAUGGUGUAGUGAAAACGUUCAGUACAGAAAAAGGCAUUUUCACAGAGAGCAGGGAAUGCGGAGACCAUUCACAGGGCAAAUUCACAGGCUUGGCUGUUACUGACAGUGCUCUGGUCACCUGUGUGGAGUCAGGACUGUUAAAGGUGUGGAAGGAGGGGAGCACUGACACCGCUGAGAUCAAUGCGGGAAGCGGUGUGUGCCGAAUGCGACAGAACAAAUCGCAGCGCAGUCGAGUAGCCACAGGAGGGAAGGAAAACCCACUGAAAGUAUGGGACCUGGAGAGACCAGACAAGCCCGUUUUUACAGCCAAAAAUGUGAAAAAUGAUUGGUUGGACCUGCGAGUACCAAUUUGGGUCAGAGAUAUGGCCUUCAUCCCAGACUCCGAUAAGAUCGUCACAUGCACAGGGCAUCAUCAGGUGCGGAUCUAUGACCCAUCUUCCCCUCAGAGGCGGCCAGUGCUGGAGGUGCAGUUUGGGGAGUAUCCGCUGACCGCGCUCUCUCUGCCCGCCAGCGGAGACUCCGUGGUGGUGGGAAACACACAGGGACAGCUGGCCAUCUUAGACCUGCGGAAAGGUCUGGUGCGUGGGUGUCUCAAGGGUUUGGCGGGGGGCGUCCGAGGGCUAGAGUGUCACCCAACGCUCCCCCUGGUGGCCUCCUGCGGUCUGGAUCGCUUCCUGAGAGUACACAACGUCAAGGACCACAACCUGCAACACAAGGUGUACCUGAAGUCGAGACUGAACUGUAUGUUGCUCUCUAGUAGUUGUCUGGAGAAUACUGGAGACGACCUAUCUGGAGACGUGGAGGAGGUCAAACAGGAAGGGGGGGAUGAGGAGGAUGAGGUGUGGGAUGCCAUGGAAACGGUGAUGGAGAAAACAAAAAAACGAGCUAAUGAAGAGCCAGAAGCAGGUGGCACAGAGACGGAGGCCACCAAGAAAAGAAAAGUAGCAAAGAAAUAACUGAAAAUGGACAGAAAAAGACUGAACUAUGCGUGAUCAAUUCAAACCCAACCAUGUGUAGACUAUUUACAUAUUUUUUAAAACUGAUGACUGUCAUCUCAAGAUCCUAUAUCACCUAAUCCGCCAUAUUGAAUAUGACGGAAUGGAAUCUUUGUUGUGCCUUUGCUGGAGUUCAUGCAGAAUAUAUAUGUGUAUAGCUGAGUUCUGCUGUGUCCCUGUGGGAGUCGGACAGAUCUCAUAGGUCCUCACAUUAAUUUGAUGAACAGUAUUAACUUCCCAAAGACUGCAUGUGUCCAGUCUUUUAUUCAUAUAAACUGUACCAUUGCAUCACCUAUUAUUAUACCUUACAGUUCACAUA